CAAUCAGCGGCGGCCUCCGAGCUCCAACCAAGAUGGCGGCGUGAUGAACGGGUGGUGAGUUGCCGCCGCCGCCCCUGCCGCGGGAGUUUUGUAUUUUCAUAAUGGCGAGUAAACGGCGGGCGGCGGCGGCAAAAAACGCGGAGGAGCUUCGCCUCAAGAGUCCCACGAUGAGGAGGAGCAGGCGGAAGGCUGCCGCCGCGGCUGAGGCUACCCAAGAGGGAAAGGGAGGCGAAGCGGCGGGAGAAGCCCCCGCCUCCCCCCGGGGCCCUCCAGAAACUAACUCAUAUAAGACUCCCAAAAGAACACGAGCCAGCAGGUCACGCAUGCCAACGUUCAGUUCUCCUGCAAAUGAAACUGAUGUGCAGCAAGAGAUCUUCUGGGAUCCUCAGUCACCAAUUACAUAUAAGCUGGGCAAUGAACAAAAGAAGCAGACAGUUAAUGGGCACACGGUUGAAAUCUCAGAAAUCGUUAAUCGGAUUGCUCCCCAGGAUGAAAAACCUGCCUGUCAUGAAGGAAAUCUUCUUGGGUUUUGGAUUGGAGAUGAUGCAAUUCCUUGUACUCCGGCAAUUACAAAAGGACGAUUGAGAAGAAAAGUAAAUGGUGUCAGAGGCCGCCAGUCAAAACACAGAGAAGAGGAGCUUAUGGAACUAGCAAAGCAAUUUGACAAAAACCUAACAGAUGCCAUCCAAGAUCAAAAUUCUUCAGUCCACACCAUUACCCACUUUACGUCUGAAGCAGAAAGGUCCACUGAACAUGAAGAUGAGCCUGGGAUGCAAAAUCAGCAGGGGUUUCUUGAAGAAAAUCCUAAAGCUAAUCCUACCUUUGGGACUGUUGGCAGGAGCACCAAAGCUCUUGAGCCCUGUGAAGACAGUAGACAGGAACCCCUCAAUCUUGAUGCUGAAAUAGCGCUUAACGAACUUUUCGAUGGUCCCACUCAGAAAUGUAGUGGUCGUCUCAGCCAAGGCCUUUCAGAUUGUUCAUCAAACUCUAGUUUCCACGAAAAUCAAAACAUGCUCUUGGAGGAGGAUAAUAUUACAGCUGCUAGUAAACAAACAAUUGGAGAAGCACAUCUGAGGGAAGGCAUUGCAGUGCUGCUUACCGAAUGUGUGGCAACUGCCCUUGCUCCAAAUUCUAAAGGAUCUUCUGGACAAACAGCUCCAAAAAUCAGUUCUUGUACAACUGGGUCCAUUGUCUCCAGUAACGUGGACCGAAUUGCCAAUGAUGACUUUGAUGACUGGGGGGAUGAUUCCUUUCUUAUGCAAAUUACCCAAAAUCCUGAACUGAUCCAGGAAAGUCCCUCAUCUCAUGUGUCUGAUAAAAAUAUGGAACAAAAAGAAAGUAGUGUAGUUUCUGCUCAGAGUGCACUGUUUCAUUCCUUUAAGAAUGACCCAACAUUGUCUGCUUUACAGAAAUACAGAGAUACAGGAAAUACAGAGAGAGUCCUUCCGCAUAGUAAUCUUACUAUAAAAACUGAGAAGACAAAAUUCAUUUCAACAAGUGGAGAUAACAAAAUCACUUGCCAUAAUCCUCUUCCAGUGAAACCGGGAACCAAGAGCAAACAGGAGGGAUUUACUCAACUCAAAUGUCCAGACAGUGGGAGUUUUCCUGAAAAAAGAUCUCUUUCUGUUUCAGAACCAUCUGCUCUUCCUAAACCACAGGUAGAAAAAUAUGAGAGCAGCAUCUCCAAUACCAACCAUCAGUCAUCUUUUGUUUGUUUCAGCAUGAAAGCUCUUAACAUCACGAAAGCAAGUGGUCCAGACAGUGCAUGUCAUUUGAAGCAGAAAGAAUUGCCCAAGAAUAGUGCUUUUGCAUUUGAGAACUGGGAUGAGCCUAAGUUCUCAGAUGAAGUUUUGGACUUAUUUUGUGAAUCAGAUAGUCUUUGGGACACAAAUGGUGAUGAUGACGAUGAUUUGCUUUGUCAAGUAUGUGACGAUGUGGAAAAAAACACUCUGAGCCAAAAGGUGGUGAAAGAGAAGGAAAAUGCCACACCAACAUUGGGAAAUCCUUCCAAGUUGGAAGUCAGUAGUUGCCUCACAGGAGCCAAUCAAGCGAUUUCUAAUUGCCCAUUGGUCCAGAAGGGCCACAUGGGGAGGAAAACUUUCUCCUUGGGAACUCCUGUUAAAAUUGCAACACUUCCAAAGAAUGAGAAUUGUAGAAAUCCUGUUCAGACUAACUGGCAAGCCUUUAAAACUGAAAGCACAAACUGCAUUCAAGGAAAAUGGUCCAGAUCUCAUUCGGCGCCCGGAGGAGACUUUAGUUCUGGAUCAAGCUCAGCUGCUCCCUCAAAUGGUUAUUUAAAUGACAGUAAUGUACAGUGGCAGAAAGGCCUAAGUAACAUAGGCAGAGUACCAAAUAACAGCAAUAUUAAUCAACUGCCAACUGAGAAGUCAAAAUAUGUGUUCAGGAAGACAAAUCCUUCUCAAACUCUUGCUUUGGAUUAUAGAAGUGUAAAUGUAGGUCAGACUUUGAAAAUUAUUCCAGGGUUUGGAGAAAACAAGAAUGCACCAAACAUCCAAUUUCAAACAGCAAAUCAGACAAACACGAAGCUACCUUUUAAGAGGCACCUCUCUGAUUGCCUUACACAGUAUGAAACAGAACAGAAAAGUACAAAGUGUUCUCAAGAAGAAAUCGCAAGGAAGAAACAAGAGGCUCUUGAGCGGAGAAAAUGUAAAAUGCAAGCCUUGCUCAAAAAUACAGCACCUACCUGAGUGGGCUCAGUAAAUUGAAUGGGAAAGAAUAAUUGACAGCAGGUCAGAAGAAUAAUUAAAAUCACUAAAUUGUCAACAGGUAGUGGGUUGAAAGUCCAGCAUCUGAACAACUUUACAAAUUCUUCUCCACUCUUUGUGUUUAGAGUUGUCAUCUGAUUUUGUCAGAACUAAGACAGUGCCAGCUUUAAUUAUGAGUGUAUAAGAAACCAGACAUCUAGAAAUGUUUUUUCUUGAAAGGACAAUGUGGGUCUCAUAAUUGCAGCAUAUAUAUUUACAUCAGGAUCAUCAUAAACACUGUUCCAGGCCUAAUGGUUUCUGAUUGUAAUGAUUUGGCAAAUGCAGAGUCAUCAUGUUAAAUCCAGGCAAGCAGUCAGUUCACAACUUGGGGCCAUUUUUAAAUUUUGUAUUCUCAAAGUACAGAGAAGGUUUGAGCUAUGUAGGAUUUAUUUAUCUGUGUAAACUACGUUGUAAAUUACGAUUAAAAUCACAGCUUUUUCUA